CGGAGCCGCCGAUGGUCACCAGAAGCAGUAAUCGCGGCGUAGAAGCGGACGCGUUUUGGACGCGGAUCCCUCCGCUGGGUCUUCUCCGCAGUGAAGCACUGCCAGUGAAGUGCCGGUGGGACGAUGGAAACACAGGCGCAAGGUCUAUUAGAAAAACAAACAUUCCAUGAGACAGAUGAAGACACCAUCACUGAUGUUGAUUUGACCAAUGUGAUUUCUGAAGAAGAGCGAGAAGAAUUAAAAGUUGAAGUAAUCAAGCUAGAGGAUGAAAUUGCAACUUUACGCCAAGUUUUAGCAGCCAAAGAGAAGCACCUUGUGGAAAUAAAACAAAAGCUGGGCAUCAAUAUGAUGAAUGAACUGAAGCAGAACUUCAGCAAAAGUUGGCAUGAUGUGCAAACUACUACUGCGUAUAAGAAGACUCAAGAAACUCUAACUCAAGCAGGGCAAAAGGCCACAGCAGCUAUCAACAACGUUGGAACAGUUAUCAGCAAGAAGUUUGGAGAUAUGAGGUAUUCUAUCCGCCAUUCCAUGAGUAUGCCUGCUAUGAGGAAUUCUGCUACAUUCAAAUCCUUUGAAGAAAAGGUUGAGACCACUGUUACGAGCAUUAAGACAAAAGUUGGAGGCACACCUCACCCUGGAGGAAACUUUGAAGAAGUUCUUAGCUCUGCGGCCAAUGCUAGUGCUAGGAGUCCCAUUGUGGGCAGCCGACUUUCCGAAACUGAAGAGGAGCUCCAUUGCUAGGUGAGGGUUUCUUUGCCCUGCUGUUUGCAUAUGACUGAUACAUAAAAUGUUUCUUUUCUCUCCACGGCUGAGUAUGAAGUUGUAGGACUGCAUUGAGAAUAUACCUAGACAGACAAUACUAGGCAGAGAAAUUGGCAGGGAUGCAACCAAAUGGCAACUAUUGCUGCAGAAGUAACUGCUAGCUGUCCUUCUAUAUUACCCAUUUUAUUCUAUUUAUGCUUAUAAGUGAUUUUACAUUGUUACUGCUAUACAAUUGUGUCAAUAUUUAAAAUGGCAUGUAUUAUCUUAAGAAAUUUGUCCAUGCAUGUUUUUAUAAUGAAUUUCAGAAAAUAAGCUGAGGUUAUUAUUGUUCAAGCUAUUACCUAUUCUAUUUCUCUUGCUAUAAACAAUGCUGUUUUUGUCUGUCCUCUGCAUAUGUGCCUGUUUAUGACUGUUAAAAGAAAACCAACCUCUUUAUUAUUAUAUGUGCCAUUGGGAUAAGGAUUGGAACCAAAAACAAUUAUGUUGUAAAGUUUUCUGUCUAAAGAAGCAAUGAUACACAUGGCUUUAGUACAAAGUAGUGAGGAAAUAAUAAAAGAAAAAAAAA